AUGCAAGUUCCAACUGUUAAGCGGGAUUUGAAAGCUGGGCAUAAGUAUAAUGAAGCCCAGUACCCCUGCAGUCAAUACUCUUCACAGCCCAUGUUAAAUUUUGACAAUUACAGUGACAAAUCUGAGUUGGGCAGGGAAACAAAUCAGGCGGAAACAGAUCUGUUUGCUCUGACGUCAAAGCUUUAUUGCCUUGGUCAGAAAGCCCAGCAGCUAGAGCAAGUUUUCAGAAGUCAAUCGCUGUGUUUAUCAGGGCAAGAUUUGCAGCAGCAGCAAGCGAAAUCAUCCCUGAAUUCAAUCCUGAGCGAGGUCAUUUACACAUCGUUUUCAAUUCUGUCACAAUGUAAAAUCUUAUGUAAUCCACAGAAGCCACCGAAGGAAGAGGAAGAAAAGAAAGUAGAAAUUAUAGAGAUCAACGAAGAUGGUCUUCUGGCAGAGCAUGUCCAUUUCUGCAAGAUCUGUGGGAAAGGCUUCUGUCGAGAUGGGAAUGUUCGUAUUCAUAUGCGAUCCCACGGGAGCCAGUAUAAAACCCAGGAGGCGCUCAAGUCCAACAUGCCCAAGGCAACAAAAUCGCAUUUUUCAUGCCCCAUUGAAGAUUGCAGGCGGAACAGGGGUCAUCCCAAUUUUAAGCCGCUGAAAUCCAUGGUCUGCCUGCGGAAUCAUUACAAAAGAAGCCAUUGCGCUAAGAUGUAUUCCUGCAACAAAUGUGGAAAGGAGUUUUCUUUUGUGACAGAUCUAAAAACCCAUGGAAACAAAUGUGGACACUAUUCCUGGUGCUGCUCCUGCAACACCACUUUUUCUACCAAGGAUAAGCUGUUUCGCCAUGUUGCCCUGUUUCAGGAAGGUCACAAGCCUGUCUUUCCCUCUUCUGCUUUUGCUCCUCUGAGCGGAGCAAAGCUAAGCAAUGGAAAAAUCUUGGAUUAUUGUGCACCAGAAGGUCUGUCUACUUUAGCAGAAGGCCCGCGUGGUUAUAGCGGUGAUGAAGAUUUAUUGAUGUCUGACAAAAAUUUAGAUGGGAUACAACAAAGUGAAUACACGGAGCAGGAGAAUGCGUUUCCUUUCUUUGACGAGUAUGGAGAGGAGAACGAAUCGUAUGGAUCCCUCUUUUGGUCAGAUGCAGAUCUGCCUUGGCCCUAG